UCUUCAGAUUAUAAAGCAGAUGAUGAUAUCACACAAGAUACAUAUGAAGAACAUUCCAUUAUCCCAGAUACACCCUCAGCCCUUCACAGCCAAGAUCUGUCAUCUCAUCCUUAUAUACAGGUCCUGUCUUCUCAGUCAUCACAGGAUGUUCAGCAAAAUGAAGGUCACAGAAGGGGUGUUGGACAUCAGUGGGCUCAGAAGUCAUAUUCAUGCUCAGAAUGUUGGAAAUGUUUUACUAAGAAAUCAAGCUUUGUUGAUCAUCAAAAAAUUCACACAGGAGAGAAGCCAUUUUCAUGUUCAGAGUGUGGGAAAUGUUUUAUUAAGAAAUCACAUAUUGUUAAACAUCAAAGAAUUCACACAGGGGAAAAGCCAUUUUCGUGUGCAGAGUGUGGAAAAAGUUUUGCUGACAAAUCAAAUCUUGUUAUUCAUCAAAAAACUCACACAGGGGAGAAGCCAUUUCCAUGUUUAGAAUGUGGAAAAUGUUUUACUCAGAAAUCAAGUCUUGUUGAUCAUCAAAGAAUUCACACAGGGGAGAAACCAUUUUCAUGUUCAGAAUGUGAAAAAUGUUUUAAUAAGAAAGCAACACUUAAAAGACAUAUAAGAACUCAUAUAAGAACUCACACAGUAGAGAAGCCAAUUGAGAGCAAUAAAUGAAGCAGAUAAGACAUCUAUAUAUUAUCCAUGUACAUAGGAUAUCUGACAUUUAUACAUAUCUCAUAUACUGCAGGUGUCUCAAACUGGCGGCCCUCCAGAUGUUGCAAAACUUCAACUCCCAGCAUGCCUGUGAGGGGAGUCAGCUUGUUAUACAUUUUUAUAUAACCUUUUAUAAUAAUCCUUUAUAUGAUUAUACGCCAUUUUGUAUAUCAUCAGCCAUGUUGUCUAUAGGCCACCAUCUUGUCUAUGUUCCUUCAUUAUGAACUGAGUGUGAACUUUACCAGAAUUAUAACCAGGAAACUUGUAAACAAGAACCACAACUGCUGAGCGUACAGAAAACUCCAAGGCUACUGAGUCUGAAGACGUUCACACUUCCCGUCCUUCCUACUUAGAGAUAAGACGUCUGUUUGUAACCAGGUAUCAUUGGGCAGUUUGCCGUCCCUUCAUCUUUGCCUAUAAGAAUUCUGCUGUAUGUAGUAAACGUCAGAAGACGCUGUAUACAGAUCCCAGUCUGUGUCAUUUCUUCCAAUCUAUCAGGCCUGAUUGAUAAAACAUUUCCAAUUUGGCCUCGAACAGCAAAUGUACCUGAAGGAAUUGGUUAAAUUCCUUAACAUGGCCGACAACGGUUAUCUGCAGCCAACGGCUGUCCGGGCAUGUCCUGGCAUGCUGGGAGUUAAAGUUAUCCGACAUCUGGAGGGCCACCAGUUUGAGACCCCUGAUAUACUGCAUCUCCAAACUUGUUACCAAUUGUUAAUAAAAGUUUUCUUUCUUAUAUGAUUUAUUAUUCUUAUAUUCAUCUCCGCACACUGGACUUAUAAUAAAUGUAAUAUUGUCCCUGACGUUGUAUAUAGGGAAUGUAACGCGUCAGUGUUGUCCCCGCCCCCUUCUCAUUAUGAUUAUAGAGACUUUAAUUCAAGGCAUCAGACAGGAUCCGCGCGUCUCCCUUGAAGAUCGUCUCUUCUGAACAUAAGACGCUGCAGAUACUUUUAUUUAUCACAAACCCUAGACCAGCGUUUCCCAUCUUGACGUCUAUUUUCGGUCUCAGAUCAUAAAAUCCAUUUUUCUAUAUGAGAAGUCGUCAAUAUCUCAGCGUCCCCCGGGUU